CGGAUAGCGCUGUUGACGAACGUGGCCGGGAUGGCAAUGAGGAGCCAUUUCAUCAGCUGGUAAAUGAAGCUCCUGGGUUCCUUCUCCACUAUCGUUUUAACAAUCUUCCCGUCCAAGCUGGCCACGUAAAUAGACAAAAACGUCCUGGAUAUCAACGCCACCGAGUGCAAGGAGAGCAAAGCGAGCUCUUUUGACACAAGCUUUGGGAAGAGGAUUUUACCAAGUUCGAGGAUCUGCCUGAAAAAAACCGCAUUUACUCCAGGGGAUGACUUCUUCUGCCCCGCAGUACAUACCAGUGUUUUUUCCAAACAAGUAGCACCGUUUUCCGCCUUUGAACCCCGGCGAUUAUUCCUGUUUUCUUUGUUUUUGCUGAGCUGCCUGCAGAUGAUGGGGUACAGUGUUUUGACACCGUAAGCAGCUGCUGCAAGAAACACGGCUUUCUUCGCCGCAGCCGUACGGUCCCACUUUAUUUUGGACGCCGCAUCGAGGAUGUUGGACAUUUUUCUAACGUUAGUCGUCUGUUCUUACGAUCCUUGCAACACCCAUCCCCCAAAAUUCGACUCACCGCGUCGACAUGAAUAGAGAGAAGGUCUUCUGGUGGUAGGAUUGAUGUAAAGCGAACCCGAUUCAUGUACCGCUACAUCCUGCUCUUGUUGUACAAAUGUGAAGCAAGCAGGACACACUGCAUUGUACUUCCGGUUUCUAGUUGUCAAAAUAAAAGCUGAAGGUCAACUUCCCUUGCAGUACAAUGUCAUACAACACUGAUUCAACUGCCUGGCUUUUAACGUACAUUUGCGUAACUUCCUGAAAAACUGUAGUUUUAUUCAGCGACUUGACGCUCCUCAUUUCCGCCCUACUCGUUUGCAGUUGCUUUUUUAUUGUUCGCGCCCCCAGCGGCAGAAGACGAUUGGUUGCGUCACUGGACGUAACAAAGUAGUCUCUACUGUUUCUACUGUAUGGCGGUAUCCUUGUUUUAGGGUAAACAAUGUCAUGGGACAGGCAUUAUUAUUAUCCAGACAAAUAUAACGUUGGAGGCAAAAUACACCACUGACAACUUUCCCAAAAGUGGUCAACGCAUUAUUACACCUUUUUAUACUCAUGUUUUAAGUGGCGCGUGACAGUAUAGUUGUUGUUCCUCGUGCAACUCUGCUUACUUAAUUACUCGAACGUAACAUGUCUACCUAGCAACAAACAUUAAGCUAGCUAAUGUUACCACUGUACUUUUACACUGGCAUUAGUACUCAGUCUGUUGUUUCACUGGAGGUUUUGUGAAAGUUACUGCCGUUGAAAAUGAAUUGGGUCGGUGGUUCAAGGAACAGGUUUGUUUUGAAGGAUGACGCAAAAAAGCAGAGGGAGUUUUUUGAAAGGAGGAAAAUGCAACUGAAGUUGAAAAACUUGGGAAUGGCUUUACCAGCAUCUCCUAAAGGCACUAGUUCUGGCAGCAUGGACCUGGUGACCUUGUUUAUCGUCAACCAGAUUGCUGCUAAGAAAGACAUUAAAGAUCCUCCUAAGGUGGCAGUUCUUGGCAGCUAUAAAGGAGGAUCCAAGCAUAAGAGAAAUGAGCCCCUGGUUCUCCCAAUGAGCCCUUGCUCUCCUUCACAGCUGAGUCUUGUUGAGGGCCAACCUCAGUACAGUGAUCAUGGAAUGAGGAAAAGGAAGCAUGUUAUUCCACAAGGCUUCAAGUGUCGGAAGUUGUCACCAGUGCUGGAGUCAGCUUUCUCCGACAACAGUGUGUCUGACUACCAUCCACCCAUCACCAACCCUCUAAGCCCCUUCUCCACCUCCUCAGCUUCUUCCGGCCAAGGUUUAUUCCCCCUGCAGAAGAACCUCCAGCAGAGAAGCCAGACACAGCUUCCCCACUGCUCCCCCCCACCCUGGGACACCUCAGGGCUGAAGCAGACCAAGUUUCAGCCUUUCUCCCAGCCCAGAGGAAUGGCAGACAGUAUCCCCUGGUCCCGUGGAUCAAAGCCCCCUCUCUACCAGCUGAAGACCCCCACAGCAGCACAAGUCCUGUUUAGAAGUCAAGAGCCAGAUAACACAGAGGCGAGGGAACAAGCAAGAUGCAAAGUCUCCUUCUCCCUCAACCAACCAGAGACGAGGAGGCCGUGUUGGACUUCACUCUCAACCAAUCAGAAACUGAGCAGCAGUUUGAGGCAGAUGUCUUCAGAGGCUUCAGUACAGAAGAAUGUGAAGGAGAAGCUUCUCAUUUUGAGGGAGGUCCAUCAAAGAUUUAUCUGAAAGAUGAAAUACCUGCCGAAUCCUCACAAACCGUCCCUGACGCUGAGUGUAUGGAAGUGGAGGACCGCGACCUCCUACAUCUCUCCAACUACACUGACAUGAACUUUUCAUGUCUUGAACACAACAAUGUCUUCAUGAAUGGCUGCGAAUACUCGCCAAGUUACUCUUG